AUGGCACAACAUGGGAAUUUGUCAAUCACUAUAGUCGGCAUUCUCGGCAACAUAAUAUCAGGAUUAGUGUACCUAGCUCCAUUGCCUACAUAUCGCAGAAUUUAUAAGAAAAAAUCGACAGAGGGGUUCCAACCAUUGCCUUAUGUGGUAGCACUCUUUAGUGCUAUGCUUUGGUUAUAUUAUGCACUUCUCAAGGAGAAGGAUGUUUUCCUCAUUAGCAUAAAUUCAGCUGGCUGCUUUAUUGAGACACUUUAUAUUGCGGUUCACUAUGCUUAUGGGUCCAAAAAGACAAGGAUUUUUACUGCAACGCUAGUAUUUUCACUUAAUUUGGUGAUUUUUGGUGUUAUUGUUCUCAUCAUUCAAUUAAUUCUGGGUGAUACCUCAGAGAGUCGGAUAAAAGUGCUUGGUAUUAUUUGUGCUGUUGUCUCCACUACUGUUUUUGCAGCACCUUUGACAAUCAUGGUGAAAGUAAUCCGAACAAGGAGUGUUGAGUUCAUGCCUUUUACCUUAUCCUUUUGCCUCACGUUAUGUGCAGUCAUAUGGUUUGUAUAUGGGUUAUUACGGAGGGACCUCUUUAUUUCCAUUCCGAACGUAUUUGGUUUCAUCUUGGGACUACUCCAAAUGGUAUUAUACAUAGUGUGCAAACAUUGCUGCUUCUCAAAAGAAGCUCACAAGAAUAUGGGCAAUCCUACCAACCGUGUCAAUGGAAACUUGUCAACUGUUGAUCAUCAUCAAUUAGACUCUGAACAACAAGCAAAUGGUCAGCAACACAUAUAA